AUGAAGCUGUUGAUUCUCGUUUUGCUGCCAGCGUUCAUUUUUAGUUCAUCAGUUAGCUGGUGGCCAGAUAGUUGGUCUGAUUAUUUCAGUUCAUCAGAAACUAACGAAAUCGGCACACGAGAGCCACCACAGAAAAAAAUCUAUGCGCUUGAGGAGCGGACCGAUAAUUAUAAGAACAAAAAUGGUACGAUUAAUAAGAGACUCGCUGAAUUGAAACGCGUUAUUGACGGUAACUGCUACUUCUUCCGCUAUUAUCGUGUUACUUGGACUGGCUAUCAAAGUGAAGUCAAUUUGCCACAGGAAUUGAACGGAGUUCCAGUUUGCACUCAAGAAGUAUGUGGAAAGUUAUUCAGAGAGAAUGUUGAUUGUCCGAGAGCGUUUGGAAGCGAUUUCGAAAUCGAAGUUCCAUUCUAA